AUGUGCACCAAUCUGCAGAUUGCGUUCUCCUGCGGCUGUCAGAAGGAGAUGGACUUUAUUCAGUCAGUCAUCCACAUAAACCGCCGCGCCCAUGAAUCCGUCCGCAGCACUAUAGCCCAACCCCUCAAAGCACCAUCCACAAGCCUGGGCCAGCUCUCACUCCUACACCUAGAACUCAUACACGAAAUCUGCCUCUAUCUCGACAUCGAAUCCCUCUUCCGAUUACGCCAAGUCAGCCGUCGCGCCCAACAAAUCGUCAACACCAGUCGCUUCUACCGGGAGACAACAACACACGCACUCGACGCAUUCUGCGCACUUCUAAGAACAAAGAUAGCAAACCAAUUCACCCUUACCGAGCUGUCCACCGCGCUCUGUACGCGCGACUGUCUCCUCUGCGGCAGCUCAUUCGGAGGCUUCCUCUUCCUCCCGACCCUCCUCCGCUGCUGCUUUUCAUGUAUCCAGAAGGAUCGCCUGCCCCGGCUCGUGCCUUACGCCGAUGCAAAAUGGUAUAUUUCGUCGAAGUGUAAGACAGCUUCGAAGGCAUAUCGCUUACUCAAGUCACUUCCGAUUCUUCGGACCAUACCGGGGAUCUACUCCAUGCAGGAGGUAUCGAGCAAGGGAAGGAGACAACUAGUGACUAUGGACGAUCUUAUCCGGGUGGUUGGGUCUAAGCCUACUAGUGAUGAAGAAGCUACUUGGACUGCGGCUAAAUCAUAUUCCAACUUGCCAUUCAUGGCGACGACUACCUUACCUUAUCUUGAUCGGGCUAGUGGGCGCAUCGAGCACGGUGUUUGUUGCACUGGGUGCCAGGUUUCUCUGGAAGAGGGCCUUACGAAGGGAAUGCGUUUUGGGGCUGAUGGCUUGGCUUUGCGUGAUAAGGUUUAUUCGCAUGAGGGUUUUAUAGGGCAUUUUAGAGAGUGUCUGAAGGCCCAGGAGGUGUGGAGAUUGCGGGAAAUGGGGACAUCUGUUGCCAAGGUUUCGGAGUUUGUGCGUCGCAGAGGGUAUUUUAAGGAGAGGGACGUCGUUAUGUCGUUUGAUCCGGCCAAUAAGGCAUAA